AUGAAUUCACCGUCUAUUAUUAUAACUCGUGUUCAUUUUUCCAUUGGUCUUCUUAUUUUUUUGAAUUUAUUUUUUUGUCAAUUUCCUCAACCUGUUCAAACAAUUGCUCUUAGUCAACUUUGUGGUCGAUUUGGACAUUCAUGUUAUGGAGGUAAUUGGGGUAAACGUACUUUACCAGAUGAUUUAUCACAACAAUAUAUUUUAUGGGAUCCAAAUAUAAAUAAUGAUAAAACAGCAGUUCUUCCUGUCAUCGAUCCUAAUGAUAUUUUAGAAGAACUUCAAUCGGAGUUAUUUCGACAACGAUUACGACAAUUAAUGGAUUUGAAAUAA